AUGAGAUUUUUAUGUAUUAUUGCUGUCUCAUUAGGCUAUACUUGGAUGGCAGAACCAGAGAUAGAGUCUCCGUUAGAAGAACUCAAGCCUAAGAAGGAGAGUAAGAGGCCGUACAAGCGGAAACAUGAAGCCAAGAAACUUGCAGAAAUUCAAAACAAAUUGCACGAGCCGGUGGGCACGGAGCGCGAGCAGGAGGAGGUGAGGUUCCCCGCGCGCGACAUGAUGGCGGAGAUGCAAGUGAUGUACUCGUUCCUGACGCGCGGCGUGGACCGCGAGGACGUGCGGCUGCUGCGGCGCGCGUACGAGGCGCUGCUGGCGGCCGACGCGCGCGGCUACUGGCUGCACGACACGCACUGGGUCGACCACCCGCCCACCGACCUCGCCUACGCGCCGCCGCGCAAGAAGUCCAAGCGCCACGCCAACAUCUACGAGGACCUGCAGGGUCACUCGAGCGGCGCGGCGCGCACGGAGGGCUACUACAAGAUGGACGCGCGGCUGAAGGCCAAGUACAAGUACCACCACGGGCGAGGCGCGGCGGGCGACGACAAGAAGCCCAGCAAGAUGCAGCUGUCGCGCGAGGCGCGCUCCAACCAGCGCCGUCUGCUCACCGCCUUCGGUACGGAUACGGAUUCAGAUCUGCUGAAAUUCAAUCAAUUAAAGUUCAGAAAGAAGCAACUGAAGUUCGCCAAGUCCGGUAUCCAUGAUUGGGGUCUUUUUGCUCAGGAGCCGAUCGCGGCGGACGAGAUGGUGAUAGAGUACGUGGGGCAGAUGAUCCGGCCCAUCGUGGCCGACGUGCGCGAGGCGCAGUACGAAGCCACGGGCAUCGGCAGCUCGUACCUGUUCCGAAUCGACCUCGACACCAUCAUCGACGCCACCAAGUGCGGCAACCUGGCGCGCUUCAUCAACCACAGUUGCAACCCAAACUGCUACGCGAAGAUUAUAACAAUCGAGUCGCAGAAGAAAAUUGUGAUAUACUCAAAGCAGCCCAUCGGCGUCGACGAAGAGAUCACGUACGACUACAAGUUCCCGCUCGAGGACGAGAAGAUUCCUUGCCUUUGCGGCGCCCCGCAAUGUAGAGGGUUCCUGAAUUAA